AUGGAGUCGGACGAAGAACAAGAGUGGGUCCCAUUGAAGAAUAGACCGGAGUGGUCGGACGUCGUUCCGGUUGAGCAAGACGACGGCCCGAACCCGGUCGUCCCCAUAGCCUACAAGGAAGAGUUCACAGAGACCAUGAACUACUUCCGAGCCCUCUACAGAGCCGAUGAGCGAUCCCUUCGUGCCCUUCAGCUCACCACGGAAGCCAUCAAAUUGAACUCAGGAAACUACACUGGAAGGGUUACUCUGUUUGGUUGCUCAGAAAUUCUGGGAAAGUGA